CGACGUCAUUUCCUGUCUUGCGCAGAAGAGGUGAGUAGGAACGAAAGAUGGCGGCGGUGGCAGAGAAAUCUACAAAAGAGCGGUUGCUGGCUGUUUUGGAUGAUUUGGAAGUGUUAUCCCGAGAGCUGAUAGAGAUGCUGGCUCUGUCCAGGAGUCAGAAACUACCACAGCCUGGAGAGGACACACAGAUCCUGGAGCUGCUGGUGCAGAGGGACAGGGAGUUUCAGGAGCUGAUGGAGGUGGCUCGGCAGCAGGGGAAGGUUCACCAGGAAAUGCAGCUGCUGGAGAAGGAGGUGGAGAAGAGAGACAGCGACAUCCAGCAGCUCCAGAAGCAGCUGAAGGAGGCAGAACACAUCCUGGCUACAGCUGUUUACCAAGCGAAAGAGAAACUCAAAUCAAUUGACAAAGCCAGAAAAGGGAGCAUCUCGUCAGAAGAAAUCAUCAAGUAUGCUCACAGAAUCAGUGCCAGUAACGCCGUGUGUGCUCCCCUCAACUGGGUGCCAGGCGAUCCACGCAGACCCUACCCUACCGACUUGGAAAUGCGAAGUGGGAUGCUUGGUCACAUGGCCAACCUGCCGACCAAUGGCGUGAAUGGACACUUGCCAGGUGAUGCUCUGGCUGCUGGACGGUUACCAGAUGUCCUGACGCCUCACUACCCGUGGCCGUCCUCGGACGUUUCGGCGGGGAUGCUUCCGCCUCACCAUGGCAACGACUUCGGCCUGGAGCCUCCUGGUCACAACAAGGAGAACGAGGACGACGUAGAGGCCAUGUCGACCGACUCCUCCAGCAGCAGCAGCGACUCGGACUGAGAGACGACCACUGAGUAGCUUCUGAGCAGACCUCUUCUCCUCUGGUCUUUUGAAAUGAAGCUUAGACUGUUACUGUUGUUUACGCACGAUAGUCCUUUAACACCAAAUCCCACUUUACACAGAAAGCUGGCUUUCCACAUGCCUGUAUAUAUGAUGGACAAUAACUUCUAGAUAUCUAUUACUGCUGGAUAUUUGUGCAGGAAUCUCUGAUGUUUCCUGCCAGAAACAAGCAGUUUUAAAAGUCUAGCAGUGUUCCUGAAAACAUUAACCUUGGAUGAAUAUGAUUGUGGCUUUUGACCUCUUCUGAUUUCACAAAAUGUGUUUACGUGUUGUGAUCUACCCUAUGAAGACAAGCAGAAUCUAGGUUGUUGUUUUUUAAUAGCUGUAGUUGUGUGAUCCAACAUCUUCCAAGAGCUGAAUGAGUUUUUUUAACUGUAUGUACAUCUAAGCUGUUAACAAGACGUAGUGGAUGUGGUGCAACAGGUUGCGAAGUUGUGCCUUGAGCCCGAUUAUUUAUAUGCAUUAAUUAUUUUUUUUAUGUAAAACAUCCUCUUUGUGUUACUCUUUGUAUGUAACUUGGCUGUAAAUAACUGAAUACAGAUUUAUUUUGACUCAUUUUACGCUCCUCAGAAAGCGAACAAGGGUUUCCUGAGUUAUUAAACAAUACUUUCAAUAGCCUAUAUUUGCACCAGCUUGAGUCUAAACGUACCUCUAUGCAAAUGUCAACGUAUUCAAAGUAAAUACCAACAACCUGAAGAUGAGCUAAUUUUAUUCUUGACUUCUACUAAAGGGGCAAACUAAACUGAGAUCUCACAGACGGGUGUAAAAAUUCCUCUUUGGUGAUCUGGAUGGGUAAUAUAAUUUCCCUUUUUUUGUCUGUCAUAGCUGGUGACAUUUGUACUGCAGUGAUUAAUAAGGAGAUUUGCUGUAUAACUGUGCUUGCGCUGUACAUACUGAACCUUGUAAAUAAAUAUGUUUUGGAUAGA